CGCUGUGCGAGGAGGCGCUGUUUGCAGGCGCAGCGCUGUGGGAAGCGGAGCGGGAUGGACGGCGGUUGCUGAGAGAGAAAGAGAGGAAGAGGGCUGUGAGCGCGUCUGGACGGGAGGCCCCGCGAGGAGAGGGAGACAGAGCGCGAGCAGAGGCGGGGAGCGCGGCCGGAGAGAGAGAGAGAGAGAGGAAGCGAGAGGCGCCGCCUGGGCCCCAGAAGCCCCGCUUUCUAGUUUGAGUUGCGGCCGAGGCCGAGGAGCGGGGAGGGGGCGGGGAGGGGGCAAAAUGUCGGAAAAUCAACCCAACAACAACAAUAACAACGCGAACCGCGCGCGGAACAACAACCCGAACCCACUCAUCAAUGUCCGCGACCGCCUGUUCCACGCUCUCUUCUUCAAGAUGGCCGUGACGUACGCCAGAGUCUUCCCUCCGUCCUUCAGGAGAAUGUUCGAGUUUUUCGUCCUUUUAAAGGCUCUCUUCGUUCUGUUUAUUUUGGCUUACAUUCACAUCGCCUUUUCCCGCUCUCCAAUCAAUUGCCUGGAACACGUCCGGGAGAAGUGGCCCCGAGAUGGCAUCUUACGGGUGGAAAUCCAGCGCAAUUCCAGCCGAGCCCCCAUUUUCCUUCAGUUCUAUGACUCGGACAGCUUUGCAGGCAUAGUGAAGGAUCCUGCAGAGGAGGAAGAGCUGAGCGUAGAAAUGUUUGACAACACUUCCAUACAGUUUGAAUUGGACAUAGAACCCAAAGUGUUCCUAAAGCCCUCACUGGGAAACAAAGCUGAAGUGGUAACCCAGGUGAUACAGAAUGACAGUCAGGGGCUCUCAUUCACUGAGGCGUCCACUAAAGGUAUGCAGCCUCUGCAGGAAACGGUCUCCGAGUUUGAGAUGCUAACCAGAGCAGUCUGGCCACAAGAGGAGUACAUAGUGGAAUACUCACUGGAAUAUGGCUUCCUCCGACUAUCCCAGAGUACCAGGCAGCGCCUCAACAUCCCAGUCAUGGUCGUCAUCCUGGAUCCAACCAAAGACCUGUGUUUCGGGGAUGGGUUUAGCCGAUUUCUUUUGGAUGAAUUCUUGGGAUAUGAUGAUAUACUGAUGUCCAGUGUGAAAGCAUUAGCGGAAAAUGAGGAAAACAAAGGGUUUUUGCGUAACGUGGUAUCAGGCGAGCACUAUCGUUUUGUCAGCAUGUGGAUGGCCAGGACCUCCUAUCUGGCAGCCUUUGUCAUCAUGGUGAUAUUUACGCUGUCAGUGUCUAUGCUGCUGCGCUACUCUCACCAUCAGAUCUUUGUCUUUAUUGUUGAUUUGUUGCAGAUGCUAGAGAUGAACAUGACAAUUGCAUUUCCUGCUGCUCCCUUACUUACUGUGAUACUAGCGCUAGUUGGUAUGGAAGCCAUUAUGUCUGAAUUCUUCAAUGACACAACAACAGCGUUUUACAUUAUUCUGAUUGUGUGGCUGGCUGACCAGUACGAUGCGAUUUGCUGCCACACGAACACCAGCAAACGCCACUGGCUCAGGUUCUUUUAUCUGUAUCACUUUGCUUUUUAUGCCUAUCAUUACCGCUUCAAUGGACAGUACAGCAGUCUGGCUCUGGUAACCUCCUGGCUCUUUAUACAGCAUUCAAUGAUCUACUUUUUCCAUCACUAUGAGCUUCCCGCCAUCCUGCAGCAGAUCCGCAUUCAGGAGAUGUUGCUGCAGAACCAGCAGGCUGGGCAGGCUAACCAGACCACGCUUCAGGACAACCUAAACAACAACACUGCCACCGACAGCGGGCAGCCCAGCCCUGCCCCCCACGAGGGGCCCCUCCCACCCUCCUCCACCUCCAACUCAGACCAGCCGAGCAGUUCUGCUAGCCUGGCGGGCAGCAUUCAGCCCGUCCGUGGCCAGAAUGUAAACCCCGAGACCUCCCCCCUCCCCCGGGUGGGGGAAACGGCUGCAAUGAUCUCAGACAGGAUGGCCUCCCUGGAACCAAGCCCUGCUCCAGACGAGCCCAAUCCCAGAGUGACGGGGUCGGGCAGCAGCAGCAGCCCCAGUGAUCCUGUGAACGAUUCCGGUAGUGUUUGGCCAGGCCAGCCAGCUGAGGAAAGUGUUGGGAGGAUGCACGCAGAGUCCUCUUGCAGUGGUGAGCCCGCAACCGACGAGGAUCCGAGCACCUUACAGCACCAAGCGCAGGAGAGCAAGGAGGGCGUUCUCACUAAAACUGAUCACCUGAACUCGUGCCUCCCACAGGACAAGGAGACCUACACACAUUCAUCUCAGUACAGCAGUGGUCUCGUUGAUGCAAGCUUUGAUCAAACAGAAUUGGACAAUGCAAGCCCCUCAAACAGCUCACUAACUCAGACAGGCGGUCACAGCACUACCCAAACCUCGUGACUUUGUUUUUCCGUUGUGUCAGGCAAUCUGUGGGGAAGGUACCAGAAGGAAGACACUUUGAAGUUGACAGAAAGCAGUAGGUGGGGUGGGCUGGGGCUGGGAGGGAUGGACUGUCUGUUUCAUAUUCCAAACAAGAAAACCAAAAUAUUCAAGUGCUUUUUGACCUGUUCCUGAAGCAGAGCAAGUUUGCGAGCAAGAGCAAAGCGGUGGGGAGCUUUCAUGGCAGGAGUUUGAUCAUAAGUGUUUGUAAUGCUCAGCACAGCUGUGUAUAUUACUGUAAUAUUUGUGCUGCUAAGAAAUGGUUUUGGUCCUGACAAGUGAAGGACCUCAAUCUGCUGCAGCCAGUGUCCAGAAAGUGUCAGGGUGGGUGUGAAGAUGACAGCUCAUGUUUAGCCACAUGGCCCUCAGUGCAAUAGGCUGAUAUGUGUUGAUUCAGUCCCACAAGGUGUGUCAUUACCUGAAGACUUGGUCUCGUUUCUGAGCAGGUGCCUACGUACAAAAGAGGUUGAACAGUCGUAGUGUCAGCGAUUCCUUAUAGCUUCUAAUAAACAUUGAAUUGAACUAAUUUGGAUAUGAUUCAGAUUGAUUUUCCUGUUGGCAAUAUUGUAUUUAAAUGUGUAAUGUAAGAGUUUGUCUUUGUAUAUAUUAAAAUAAAUAUGAUAUCUGAA